UAGUUCUAUUCAAAGAGAAGCACCUAAAUUACCCCGGCAAUGUAAUCCUCGGAAUAAAGAGAGGAUUAAUUAUAAUAUAGAAUCACUAUCAAAAAAAUCCGUAUUCAAAAAAGCAGAAAAAGAAGAAGAGUCUGCUCAAGAAGUUGUCCUAUACAUUGCAAAAAGCCAAAAAAUAAAUAAUAGAUAG